AUGUCUACUACUGUGGAGAACACUCACCUAGCCGAAGUGACAACCGUGGAAAAUGUCUCCGUCACUGAAGACAAUCUGACGUGGACUCGAACCGGGACAUCCGAGAGUGCUUCACGUCAUGAGCUUGUCUUGGUUCGCGAAGCAACAAACUCGCAAUCGGGGUCCUCGCAAUACCUACUCUUUAUCCUCAAGGAGGACCCAGAGAACAAGAAAAUCCCAUUUCAGCUCUCGAUACUGAAGACGGAGGAAAUACCCACCGACCUUCGAAGUCUCACAGUGGCUGGAUUACCCCCUCAUCUUAAGCACGGCUCUGCUAACGAGCAUGGUGUCACAAACCAGGUGGACAUUAUCGUCUCGAUCAAAUCAGGCGUUGGACUAGCCUCAAAAGUCUGGGAAUAUGUUCUCCAUCCUGUUUGGACAUACAUCGCAGGAGAUGAUUCUGGCAAAUUUACAUAUCGUCUUAUUCACACAGAAAGCCCAGAGACCAUCCGAGACUAUGCAAAGCAGUUAUGGACUACAGAUGAGCGUUCGAAAGCGAGGACUAUCGUGCUUCUGAGUGGAGAUGGUGGUAUCGUCGAUCUCCUUAACGGCUCUGACGGGAAUCAGGUGCCAGAGAAUCCUCCUACAGUUGCCCUUCUCCCUCUGGGCACCGGAAAUGCCCUCUUCCAUUCUACCCACAAGCCACUCUACACCGAGCCUGGCCCAAGCCCACUUGUACUCGGGCUCCGAACAUUAUUCCAAGGCGUUGGCGCUGAUCUUCCCGUCUUCCGGGCAGCAUUCUCCCCUGGAUCCCAUAUCGUCAAGUUUACGGACAAAUCCAAGGAACGGCCUUCUACUCCUGCCGUAAACCAGAUUCAGAAGCAGGAGACGUCAGUCACGCAUCUUCAGGGAGCUAUUGUAGCUAGCUACGGAUUUCACGCAAGUCUUGUCCACGAGAGUGACACACCUGAAUAUCGUGUCCACGGCGAUAAGCGGUUCCAUAUGGUCGCUGAAGGGCUUCUGAAGGAGUCUCACCCAUAUGCUGCAAAAGUGUCUAUUCGGCGUCGAGGUUCUACUACGUUUGAGGAUAUUCCUCGCGAGUCACAUGCCUACGUGCUCACAGCUCUUGUAUCGAAUAUGGAGCGAAAGUUCGCCAUUUCGCCUGCUACUAAGCCAUUGCAAUCACAGCUUAGACUUGUGCAUUUUGGACCAAUUGGUGGUGAGCGAACGAUGAGUGUCAUGAUGAAGGCAUACGAUGAGGGCAGUCAUGUUGGUAUGCAGUGGCCCGAUGGAGAAAAGGUUGGCUAUGAUGAAGUCGACGAAGUCAAAAUUUCGGUUCUGGAGAGAGAUGAGAGACGGCGGAAGGUGUGCAUCGAUGGGACUAUCGUUGAGAUACCUGAAGGUGGAGAUAUGAGUAUCAAUAUGCUUGAUCACAGUCUCUUCAAGAUCCUGGCAAUCCCUGUUAUUUUAGAGAGCCGUGGAUAG